CUGACUGAACCGAGAUGGUAAACCCGAGUCAAACCGGUAACUGGACCAACUGUGAGUCGAUGAGGCGGAAACGGCCGCGGGUGAACUAGGACGAAAGCGACUGAAAUAAAAGGCACAUUUUCGACUCACUAAGGGAAAUCAAGCUAUUAACUUCGUAUCUGAUUGUUUGUCUUUAAACGUAAGAGACCUUCACUUUAGAAGAGACAUUAAUGGUUCGAAGCUGCUGACAAACUCUUCCGCGGUGGUUGUUAAAAUAUUUUCCUUCGAGUCUUUGGUGAGGUCUUGGCUUGUCAGCGGAGAACUAUUACAGAUCUCCGAUAUACGGUAGGAGACUGCCUUUUGGCAGACUGACUCGGUACUGGCUGGGUGGACCUCCGACCAGAGCAGAACCUCAGAGCCGAGCGGCCCGCCGUAGGAGCCGGGGAGCGAGGAUAUUCAGCGGCUUGGAACAAACCUUCUGCCGGCAUUUGAUCUCUUGGAGCCGGCUAGAAUCCGGACUGAGACCUCAUGAAUGGAAAUCGGAACUACAGGAGCCGUUGGGGCUGCGCCCCUGUUCUCCGUACCUCGGAGGCCAGGCUAUGGCACCAUGGGGAAGCCCAUCAAGCUGCUGGCCAACUGCUUCCAGGUGGACAUCCCCAAGAUGGACGUCUACCUGUACGAGGUGGACAUCAAGCCAGAAAAGUGCCCACGACGUGUUAACAGGGAGGUGGUGGAUUCAAUGGUGCAGCAUUUUAAGGUGACAAUCUUUGGGGACAGAAGACCAGUCUAUGAUGGCAAGAGAAGCCUGUACACUGCCCAACCGUUACCAGUUGCCUCAGGGGGGGUGGACCUAGAUGUGACCUUGCCAGGUGAAGGUGGAAAGGACAGGCUAUUUAAAGUCACUAUUAAAUUUGUGUCGCUGGUCAGCUGGCACCUGCUGCAUGAGGUUCUCACUGGGCGGAGCACGUUGGAUCCGCUGGAGCUGGAUAAGCCAAUCAGCACCAAUCCCGUACAUGCUGUGGAUGUUGUGCUCCGCCAUCUGCCCUCUAUGAGGUACACUCCAGUGGGGCGGUCUUUUUUCUCCUCCCCUGAGGGCUAUGAUCACCCAUUGGGUGGGGGGAGGGAGGUGUGGUUUGGGUUCCACCAAUCAGUGCGACCAGCUAUGUGGAAGAUGAUGUUGAACAUUGAUGUGUCUGCCACUGCAUUCUACAAAGCUCAACCUGUGAUUCAGUUCAUGUGUGAGGUUCUUGAUAUCCACAACAUUGAUGAGCAGCCUCGUCCACUUACUGAUUCCCAUAGAGUCAAAUUCACCAAAGAGAUCAAAGGUCUAAAGGUGGAGGUCACCCACUGUGGCACCAUGAGGAGGAAGUACAGGGUGUGUAAUGUUACUCGCCGGCCAGCCAGCCACCAGACGUUUCCUCUCCAGCUGGAAAACGGACAGACGGUGGAGAGAACAGUGGCUCAAUACUUUAGAGAAAAGUACAGCUUACAGCUCAAGUACACCCAUCUGCCCUGCCUGCAAGUGGGACAGGAGCAAAAACAUACUUACCUGCCUUUGGAGGUGUGCAACAUUGUGGCAGGCCAGCGCUGCAUUAAAAAAUUAACAGACAACCAAACCUCCACCAUGAUCAAAGCCACGGCCCGCUCGGCACCAGACAGACAGGAGGAGAUCAGUAGACUGGUGCGCAGUGCCAACUAUAACACAGACCCCUUCGUGCAGGAGUUCCAGUUCCGUGUUCGGGAUGAGAUGGCGGAGGUGACGGGUCGCGUCCUGCCCGCCCCCAUGCUGCAGUACGGCGGCAGGGUGAGCUCUGAACACUUUAUGAAUCGAACAGUUGCAACCCCAAGUCAUGGAGUGUGGGAUAUGCGAGGGAAGCAGUUUCACACCGGAGUGGAGAUCAAGAUGUGGGCCAUCGCUUGUUUCGCCACUCAGAGACAAUGCAAAGAGGAAAUUCUCAAGGGCUUUACAGACCAACUGCGUAAGAUCUCUAAAGAUGCAGGGAUGCCCAUACAGGGCCAACCAUGUUUCUGCAAAUACGCUCAGGGAGCAGACAACGUGGAGCCCAUGUUCCGGCACCUGAAGAACACCUACGCAGGCCUCCAACUCAUCAUCGUCAUACUGCCUGGAAAAACUCCUGUCUAUGCUGAAGUGAAGCGUGUUGGAGACACUCUGUUGGGAAUGGCCACUCAGUGCGUGCAGGUGAAGAAUGUGGUGAAGACGUCCCCUCAGACCCUCUCCAACCUCUGCCUCAAGAUUAACGUCAAACUGGGUGGUAUCAACAACAUAUUGGUGCCACAUCAGCGCCCAUCAGUUUUCCAGCAGCCUGUCAUCUUUCUGGGAGCUGAUGUCACUCAUCCACCUGCAGGGGACGGCAAGAAACCCUCCAUUGCAGCUGUGGUGGGCAGUAUGGACGCUCAUCCCAGCAGGUACUGUGCUACAGUCCGUGUGCAGAGACCCAGACAGGAAGUCAUACAGGAUCUGGCAUCCAUGGUGCGAGAGCUGCUCAUCCAGUUUUACAAAUCCACCCACUACAAACCCACCCGAAUCAUCUUCUACAGGGACGGUGUGUCUGAGGGGCAGUUUAGACAGGUGCUGUACUACGAGUUGCUGGCCAUUCGUGAAGCCUGUAUUAGUCUUGAGAAGGAAUACCAGCCAGGCAUCACCUACAUUGUCGUACAGAAACGCCACCACACACGGCUAUUUUGUGCAGACCACACUGAGAGAGUGGGCCGUAGUGGUAACAUUCCAGCAGGUACCACAGUGGACACUGACAUCACCCACCCUUAUGAAUUUGACUUUUAUCUUUGCAGUCAUGCUGGAAUACAGGGUACAAGCCGACCUUCACACUACCAUGUGCUAUGGGAUGACAACUGUUUCACAGCCGAUGAGUUCCAGCUAUUGACCUACCAGCUGUGCCACACAUAUGUUCGCUGUACCCGCUCCGUCUCUAUCCCUGCGCCAGCCUACUACGCCCACCUAGUGGCCUUUAGAGCCCGUUACCAUUUAGUGGACAAAGAGCACGACAGUGCGGAGGGCAGCCAUGUGUCAGGCCAGAGUAAUGGGCGAGACCCCCAGUCCUUGGCCAAAGCCGUGCAGAUCCACCACGACACUCUGCGGACCAUGUACUUUGCUUAACCCCGCCUCCUUGUACCUGUCAGUCACCUGUCAUCAUGCACUUAACUGAGGAGGGCUUCUCCCAACCACAGGCUGCUACAGAUAACCAAAUUUAACCGAACUUACUGGAGGAAAUAGCACUGUUAUGCAAUAGAAAAAUAGCCAAUCUUUCCACUGCUGCUUUUGCUUACUGAUUUACUGUUUAAUUGUUUUAAUAAUGCAGAUUUAGCAGCUAUACCAUUAUUUAUUAGAUUUGUAGAUCAACUGUUAAUUUUGCGUUUUUAGGUCACAAAACCAAGUGUAAAGGUUUGCUUGAUCAACUCGUACUGGAUCAGCCAAUGAGGCAGUGUUAUUUGUUUAGGACAGUGGCGAUCAUGUAGAUUCCUCCAGCAGAGUUUAGUUUCAACCUUGAUUACAAAUGAACCAAGUCAUCAAGAUCUCACGUUUUCAAAUGAAAAUUACAUGUAGAUGUGUUUAGAGCAGAGUUGUAGGAAGGUAGCACCUCUGGUUUAGGAUUUAGAUUUGUUUUAGGUCUGGUGAAGAUUGCUGUUGGAGGAAUGCCACUAGAGGGCAGUGCAAAGUUUUGCUAUUAUGAGUUGACAUCUUGGGUUUUCAACUGUUGCUGUAUGUGCUUUUAAACAUUUCUUCCUGGAAUGUUUUACCAUUUUGUUCCAGCUGCUCAGAAUCCACAUCUGUGGAAUUCAGAAUACAUCUUGGGUUACUUUUUUUUUAACAAAGGAUUCUUAUUGAAGCUCAACUUUUAUUCCAAUUUCAGAUUUUUUCAUAUGAUUAUACUCCGUAUACCUCUGUGAUACAUACAUUUUCUGGUUCACGCACUGCAUGGAAAAUGCUUCGCCUACCAAUUAACUUUUUUCCAAGCUGUUCCUCUUGGAUUUCUCCUUGGCUCACUCAUUAAGCAGGGGUGUUGAUUAGCUAAGGGCUGCGGUAUCACUGAAAGGGAUACUUCGAACUUGAGUGACAGUCAGGAUUUGGUAAAAAGUUUCUAUGUAGUCAACAUGUUUAUGUAUGUGCGUUGAAUGCCCAUUGCCUCAUUCUUCUGGUGUGCACUUAUAGCACAAGCUUUUGAGUCUGUCGGAGCAUGACCACAACAUACUUCAUGGUUAUGUGUUCGCAUAUAAUUCCACCCAAGCUACUCGGUUGCCUACGUUAUCCUUUAAUAUUAACUUUACAGCUGUUGGACAUUUCAUAUUUGGCAUACAUUUAUGUUCUUUGAGGUUAUUUAUGAGUUUGCUUUUAACAUUGUCAAUAGUGCGUCUGUAAAUUAACUAUUUAACUUAUCAGUUUUUCUAUUUUUUAUUUCUCAUUUUAGCCCUGUGACCUGACAAACGCUGUCCCAGAAGCCUUUUAGUACAAUAAGCCAAUUAUUGAAGGCUGUUUUAGACUUUCAUUGUACAAUGCAAACCAUACUUUUAGUGAAUGCUUUAAUUUUAAACAGUCUUUGUUAUGUGUGGCAUUUGUAAGAGAACUUGAACGCCAUGGGUGUGGAUUGGAAGGUUUUAUUGAAAUGGAUUGGCAAGCCAAUUGGUGUGUUUAAAGGCUGUUGUGAGGGCUGAGAUAGUGGGUUACAUAGUUAGGUUGAGUUUACAGAAGAGAUGGUAAAUCUCUAUGUCUUAUGCGGAAGACGCGACUUGCUAUCAAGAGAUUUAAAACAAGCUAUUCGUAUAAAGUCAAUUGAGACAAAGUGCCUAUUUUAUAGGAAAUAUCCCUCAAAUUCAAUUCUGUUGAGGUACAUUAUAAAUAUAUAUUUAAAGUAACUUCAUGUUGUGUAUGAUAUUUAGCUAUUAAAAGAUAUUUAUAAGAUAUUUAGCUAUUAAAACUGUUAAGGUCUUUAUUCUUUAUUUGAAUUAACUAAUGUAGAACUGACAAAACUAAGUCCUGGGUCAUUUUUUCCUCUUCUUUCUUUCAAACUUUCUUUCAUACAUACAUACUUUUGAUCUUUCUUUCCAACUUUCUUUAGAGCAAACCUUUCGAAUGAAUGUUCUUUUGAAUAAACUUUUUUCUUUCUUUCUUAAUCACCAUUGCUUUCCAGUGUUUUCUGAAGGUUCUUUCUUUCAGUCUUCUUUCAAAUGAACCUUCUUUCAAACUAACCUUUUUUCGAUUUAAAAAAAAAAAAAAAACAUAAUUUUUUUUUUUACUUCUAUCAAUCUUUCUUUUUAGCUUUUCUUUCCCUUCUAUUUCACAGCCCCUGUGUAUUCAGCUGCAUUCCACACAGACCAAACCAGCGUGCCUCAAAAAACAGGGGUAGCAGGGAGUAAAGGCAUUUGAAUUGUAGUAGGGUGGGUGGAGGUUUAUAUUUGUUAACUCUGUGACCUCUGGCACCCUUUCACAUCGCCCUUACAGUAAAUGGCACUGUGGACUUUCUGCCCUAUAGCCACAAAUAGGUGUUGACCAGUGUAGCUGCUAUUGUGCAUACCACUUAAACACCUGCUUUUCUAUUUGGAGAGAAACCAAGAGAGAUUCUGUGAGAAAUUACUGACAAAUAUAUUGCUGCACUUAACUGAUUUAUACAAAGUCUCAGAUUGGGUGAAAUGCCCAAGGUGCUAAGUGAUGUGGUGCUGUAAUUUGGGGGAUCUUCACCACAAUAAUCUCUAUCUAUUGUGCAUUUCCUGCUAAACCUUGUCAAAUUUUAGAUUUUUUUUCCCCUUUUAGGUCAUUCAGUUAGCUCGCUAAUUUUUGAAAAUUCACUUUCAUUUUCUAAAUUAUUUGAAAAUUUUGGAAGCAUAUAAAGGAACAGUUUUAUUUCAGCAAAUUUACAAAUAUUACUUAAGGGACAGACCUCCCCAAAAUUAAAAUUGUUGUCAUUUAGUCACCCUAGUGUUGUUUGAAACCCAUAUUACUUCCUUCCAUGGAGCACAAAAGAUGAUACUUAAUAUUGAGGACUGACAGUUCCCAUUCACUUUCAUUAUACAGAAAAAAAGAGCAACUUCAACACUGCUCAAAAUUUCUCUUGUGUGCCAUAGAAGAAGAAAAAAGUAAUGCGGGUUUUGAACAAAAUAAGGGUGAAUAAACAACAACAGAAUUUACAUUUUUGGUUGAACUAACACUUUAGUCUUAGAUUCAAACAUUUAGAAGUUUUUAAUUUAAAUGUUUUAAUGAAUAGCAGAUAAACUGAAAUUCACCAACAACGAAAAAAUCCUUGCGAUUAUGUCGAAUGGUUUCAGUGCUCUCUUUCUUUGUUUCAGUGUGUUUAAGAACUGUUACUUCUCUGCCGCAACCAGCAUUUGAAUUCACUUAAAUUAAGUGUUAAAUAGAACCUGCACCCAUGCAUGUUAAGCUGUAGGUGUUGUGUGCUUAAAUCUUUCGAUGACAGCUUAUACAGCCUUCUGAAGCUGCCACAGAAUAAGUUGCUAUAAAGGCCUGUAGGUGGGGCAUUGCAUGUAGGGGUGGGUCUAACCUGGUUGAUGGGUGUGGCUUAAACAGCACCUCCCUUAAACCGUGACAUGACACACACUUCACCCCCUGGCUUAAAGCUGGACCAUGGAUACCUUCACUUAUAGCAUUUUUAAUUCAGAGCAGAAGUAUAUUUGUAUAUUUUUAAAUAAUGGAACUGCAUAAUGCACAUCAGUUAUUUUUGCUAACAAAGUCAAUGAGAGAUUAAGCAAAAGAUGAUAAUAGUGAUGCUAAUCAUGAUAGGGACUAAUAUAAAGUAGGCUAAUAUGCAAUAGACUAUUGACUAAAUUCGUCUCAUCUUGUUUUUCAAAAGUAAGUUGUCUCUGCAUUGUCCCAUGGUAUUAAAAAAAAAAAAAAAAAAAAAAAA